AAUAACCGGAUCAUGUAAACCGGAAACCGGAAACCAGAAACCGGAAACCGGAAACCAGAAACCGCACCAGCCUAUAAAAAGCAGUUUCUCUCUCUAAAAUUCCCCUUUUACCCCCCGACCGCACCCCUUCCCCUUCUCUGCUUCCGGACAAUGGCAGCAGUUCUAUAUUAUCAAUUUUCACACUUGUGCACAAACACCCACACAGAUACGUUAUCGUAUGACAAUUAAUUUCUGUAUUAAUUCUCAACUGUGUAAAUUUUGCUGUUUUUGACUUUUAAUCGACGAAAAUUUAAGAACUGGGGAAAAAAAAUAUGGAUGCUGAUCCGAAGCAGUACGAGAACAUUGCGGUAAACGAGAGCGAUAUACACAAGAUUGUUGUAUCGUAUCUUGUGCAUAAUUGCUUCAAAGACACGUUGGAGUCGUUUGUUGCUUGUACCAGGGUGAAGCAGCCUAUCGAUCAUUUGGAGGGCAUGGAUAAACGGAAAAGGAUAUUCAAUUUUGCAUUGGACGGAAAUGCAUCGAAAGCCAUUGAGUUAACUGAAGAAUUUGUACCUGGCUUAUUGGAAGAGAAUAAAGAUUUGCAUUUCGAUCUUCUGAGCCUUAAUUUCGUCGAACUCGUGUGCUCUAGAAAAAUUGACGAAGCUCUAGGGUUUGCCCAAUUGAAGUUUACCCCUUUUGGGAAAGAGCAGAAAUAUGUCGAGAAACUCGAAGAUUUCAUGGCUCUUCUUGCUUACGAGGAACCGGAGAAAUCACCGAUGUUUCAUCUUCUGAGUGAAGAACACAGACAACAUGUUGCCGACAGUUUAAACAGAGCAAUUCUUGCUCAAACUAAACUGCCCAGCUUUUCGGUAAUGGAAAGGCUAAUACAGCAAACGACUGUCGUAAAACAGUACUUGAGUCAAGAAUCUAGCAAGGUGUGAAUGAAAAGCUUGCUGUUAAUCUGUUACGGAGUAAUCAAUGAUGGGCAUCAACCUUUCUCUUUAGCGGAUUUCCUCAAGAGUUAGUUCUUCUGGAAUCUUCCGAAUAAUCAUCGACGUGAUUAGAUGUCCUGAGGUGAUUUAUUAGAGAAAAAUGUAAACCACUUCACUUAUGAUUAUUCAUAUAUGGCUUAUUUAUAUAGUACUUUUUUUUUUUUUGUCGAAGUUAUGAGUGAAAAUUUGUAAUUAAUGUCCUUUUGUAUUGUGGGUACAAAAUCGGAGCAGUGUUUAUCGAUGAUCCUUUUUUUGCCUCGAGGCAAAUUUUACUAUUUAUGUUGUAAAGAAGAGAAGCGCUUGGGUUUCGUUUUUCA